AUGUCACCCACACCCCAGAGGAAAAACCUCUUCCUCUGCCUCGACGCCUUCGGCACCCUCUUCACACCCACGAAACCCAUCCCAAUAACUUACGCCGAAGCCGCCCUCAAGCACGGCAUCGCCAUAAACACGCCCGAACCCGCCACCCAAGUAUCCUCAUCCUUCAAAUCCGCAUUCAAAAACCUGUCAUCAAAACACUCAAACUAUGGCCGAGCAACAGGCAUGGGCGCAGAAAAAUGGUGGGCCAAAGUGAUAAAGGAAACAUUCACACCUUUCCUGUAUCCGAACCAAACUUUCCCCAAGUACCUUGUCCCAGAGCUACUCCACACCUACUCAUCACGUAAGGGCUACACCAUGUACCCCGACGUCCUCCCCUUCUUCCGCAUGAUACGGCACAUGAAAAGCCACCGGGUACGUUACGGCACUUCUCAUGGACUCUGGCCCUGGGACAAAACCAUAGUAGGCGUCAUAACGAAUUCAGAUAACCGCGUCCCGGGGAUAUUAUCGUCUUUCGGUAUCAACGUAGGUCCCUCGCGUUACCAUAAUAUGAAACCCUCCAAUCCCAAAGAUGGGGAGUAUGACAUCGAUUUCACGGUCCUAUCUUACGACGUCGGAGUCGAGAAACCAGAUCGACGGAUCUUUGCUGCGGCGGAGGAGAUACUCGACCACAAGCUAGAGGCCGCUUCGGUGACCAGUGGCGAAGACAUCAGAGCGGAGGAGUUUGAGAAGAUUUACGUAGGCGACGACCUUCGCAAAGACGUGUUCGGCGCGCAAGACGCAGGCUGGUCGAGCGUAUUGCUAGAGAGAGAUGCAAAUCUGGUGGACGGCCAAGGCUACGGGUUGAAGAUGACAGAAAAGAGCCAGAAGAUUGGAGAAGGAGGAGAGGUGAUCAGUCAGAACCGAUUGGUGCCACAUGUUGGUUCCUUGCUCGAUUUGUGUGCUUGGCCACGAAGACUUGGACGGCAUGAAAUAUCGCUCGUGCGAUAUGUCUAUGUAGAGGAGAUCCCUGAAGAUAGAUCGCCAGGGCAGGACAAGCGUCGACCAUGA